UGCGCCAACAAGGUGUCAACCAUAGGGCAGGUAUUCACUAUUCCUUCUCAUCUUGCUCCGAGGUCCUCAUCUUGUAAAGGCGCCCUCACCCCGCCUCUCAAUGAACACGGCAUUCCGUGGGAAGAAUCUCCGGCGCUUCAGUGGUGGUAUAACUCAAGCACAAAGUACAUGAUACUCUUGACUUGCGGUGACACAAUCCCUACAGGGCUUGAUUACUCACCCCUCCUCCACCUGUGACACUCUCGCUUCUCUCUGGUUCAAAGGGAAAGUUUUCCCUGUCGCUCAAAGAGUGCGGCCACCGAAAAUAGAGGCAGAUCUCCACGGACGCAGCUCCUAGAGCACAACCAGCCAUGUCUUCAGCUACUAUCGUGGACCACUCCCCAAACCACCCCGAGCCAGCGCCGCGUGUGUCCACGGCGUCCAACCUCGUGCUAAUCGACAACUAUGACUCCUUUACCUGGAAUGUCUACCAGUACCUCGCCCUGGAGGGCGCCACCAUUUCCGUCUUCCGCAAUGACCAGAUCACCCUCCAGGAGCUGGUCGCGAAGAAUCCCACCCAACUGGUCAUCAGCCCCGGCCCGGGCCACCCCGCCACCGACUCGGGCAUCAGCCGCGACGCCAUCAAGCACUUUGCCGGCAAGAUUCCCAUCUUUGGCGUCUGUAUGGGCCAGCAGUGCAUCAUCGACAUAUAUGGCGGUAAUGUCACCUUUGCCGGCGAGAUCCUGCACGGCAAGACGUCUCCCCUGGCCCACGACUCAAAGGGCGUCUACACCGGCCUGGCCCAGGGGCUGCCCGUCACCAGGUAUCACUCGUUGGCUGGCACCCACGUGAGCCUCCCUGAGGAACUCGAGGUCUCCUCCUGGAUAGCCAACCCGGAUGGCUCCCAGGGCGUCAUCAUGGGUGUUCGACAUAAGGAGCACGCCAUCGAGGGCGUCCAGUUCCACCCCGAGAGCAUACUCUCCGCCGAGGGCCGCACCAUGUUCCGCAACUUUGUCCGCCUGCAGCACGGCUCUUGGAAGGAGAACGCUAGCUUGCUCCAGGCUGGAGCUGCCACAGCUUCCAUGAUGAUCGCCGGCGGCUCCACGGUCCCUGUCCCUGCUUCCACGCCCGGCCCGGCUUCUGGGAAGCCCAACAUUCUGCAGAAGAUCUACGCCCGGCGCAAGGAGCUGGUGGCGGCGCAGAAGUUGCUGCCGUCCCAGAGGAUGGCCGAUCUGGAGGCUGCCUACCGCCUCAAUGCCGCCCCGCCGCUGGUAUCCCUUCUCGACCGCCUCCGACAGUCGCCUUUCGAUGUCGCCCUGAUGGCCGAGAUCAAGCGCGCGUCGCCCUCCAAGGGCAUCUUCGCCAUUGACAUCGACGCGCCCACCCAGGCCCACAAGUAUGCACUGGCGGGCGCGAGCGUCAUCUCGGUGCUCACAGAGCCCGACUGGUUCAAGGGCAGCAUCGAGGACCUCAGGGCGGUGAGGCAGGUUCUCGGCAACAUGCCCGGCCGGCCCGCCAUCCUGCGCAAGGAGUUCAUAUUUGACGAGUACCAGAUCCUCGAGGCGAGGCUAGCCGGCGCCGACACGGUGCUGCUCAUCGUCAAGAUGCUGGACGGCGUGCUGCUGGAGCGCCUGUACCGCUACUCCAUCUCCCUCGGGAUGGAGCCGCUGGUGGAGGUCCAGAACGCCGAGGAAAUGGCCGUGGCCGUGGCGCUUGGGUCAAAGGCGAUCGGCGUCAACAACCGGAACCUCGAGAGCUUCGAGGUCGACCUGGGCACCACGGGCCGUCUGCGCUCCAUGGUGCCGCAGCAGACCAUCCUCUGCGCCCUUAGCGGGAUCAACACGCACGACGACGUCCUGGCGUGCAAGAAGGACGGGGUGGACGCCGUUCUCGUCGGGGAGGCCAUCAUGCGGGCCCCCGACGCAUCUUCCUUUAUCCGCCAGCUGUGUUCCGGAAACACGUCGCCGCUGCCGAGCCCUAGCGGCACGCCGCUGCUCGUCAAGGUAUGCGGCACUCGCACUGUCGAGGCUGCCCUCGAGGCUGCAAAGGCUGGGGCGGACCUCGUGGGCAUCAUCUUGGUCCCGGGCGCCAGGCGCUGCGUCUCGGACGACGUCGCCCUCUCCAUCUCCGGCGCGCUCCAUGCGCCCCACGCGGACGUGCCCGCGGCGGCGCCGGAACCCUCGCCCUCGUCGCCCCCCAGCGGGGUGCAGGACUUCUUCGCUCUCGGCAAGGCCAUCCUCGGCCGGCGGAGGCCGCUGCUCGUCGGGGUCUUCCAGAACCAGCCGCUCGCCGAGGUGCUGGAGAAGCAGGCGCGCUACCGCCUCGACGUGGUCCAGCUCCACGGCAGCGAGCCCGUCGAGUGGGCCCGCCUGAUUCCCGUCCCCGUCGUGCGCAAGUUCCGCCCGGGCGAGGCCGGCCUCGGCGCCCGGGGGUACCACGUCAUGCCACUGCUGGACUCCGGGUCCGGGUCCGGCGAGCCCAUCAACACGUCGGCCGUCAGGUCCGAGCUGGAGAGGGACGGCCAUCUGCAGGUUCUCCUCGCUGGCGGUCUCGGCCCCGACACCGUCGCGGAUACUGUGGCCGCCCUUGGCGAGAGCGCCAGCCGUAUAGUAGGUGUUGAUGUCAGCAGCGGCGUUGAGGAGGGUGGUGUGCAGAGCUUGGCCAAGAUACGGGCCUUUGUCGAGGCGGCCAAGCUGAUCCGGCGAGCAUAGUAUAUAGAUAGACGGAAAGCGUAUAUCCAUUGUUCAACUGAUACUAAGCAUAAUGUCUGUCAAACUAGCCGUGAAGUCAAGUGUUACCCG